UCGACGACGCCCGACAGCCUCAAGAUAUGGUAAUCACCACCAAAGACUUCUCAGCGUCGCGCCGCAAGUCGCGCAAGGCGCACUUCAGCGCACCUUCCUCAGUGCGUCGCAAGAUCAUGUCAUCCGCCCUUGCGAAGGACCUUCGCGCAAAAUACAACACCCGCUCGAUCCCUAUCCGAAAGGACGACGAAGUCCGAAUCGUUCGUGGGAAGUACAAAGGCCGAGAGGGCAAAGUCACACAAGUCUAUCGUAAAAAAUGGGUAAUCCACAUCGACCGUGUACAGCGUGACAAAUCCAACGGCGCGUCUGCACCUAUUGGUAUCCACCCUUCCAAGGUAGUUGUCAUAAAUAUCAAACUCGACAAGGACCGACGUGCGAUUUUGGAUCGUAAGGAUAGGAAGAAGGCGGGUGCGAAGGGGGAUGAUAUCGAGGUCGACUGAUUGCUAUGUGUAUCAUCGGGCUUCUGUCUUUUGCUUUCGUCAUCUUUGUUCCAUACCAUCCUUACAUGCUUACACGACACUCAAAACUCUUAGUCUAUGUUGUAUGCACUCUGCACCUACAAGCAAAUUUGAUAUGCAACAUACAGUAGGCAUCGCACUUGUUUGGUGGAACGAAUUUUCGAACCGCGUGAAAUGAAUACAAGCAUCAAAGUUCAAC